UAACCGCUGAUAUUCCGCUUUUCACCAUUCACCUCGAGAAGAAACUUCAAGUGACAACCAAAGCUAACAUGUUGGAUAAAGUGCAGCUGCGCCCAGUGGAGAAAUAUGAACUGAAGGACCUCAAGGAUCUCCUUGAGCCCUACUUGCCGGAAAAUGUUGCUGUACACAACGUAGUAAGCAUGAUGCACGCAGGCCUACUACCAGCCACCAAGGCAUUUCUUCCAGUUCCUCCAAGUAAGCCUCAUGUUGUCAUCCUGUCAUAUCUGGAAUGGCAGCAAAGCCAGCCAAUUCAAGACCACACAUACCUAUUUUGCUGCUUGGAAUCGGACUUGAAACUGCUGGAGGAUUGCCUCAGGACAUUGGAUUGGAGUAAGCGCAUGACAUUCGGUGCAGUCCCGCGCUCACUCUGGGAUACCAUUGAGAAAAUUUCUCAGGAAAUGGGUGCUUCCUACAAGUUGGAAUCUCAUGUGGAAAAACUGGAGUACGUCUGGGAGAGAGGCCUGGCUUUGACAUGGGAUGGGAGGAUUCCUGAUGAUUUGGAGAUCAAACCAUUGAGCAUUGAGCAUGCGGAGAUCAUAAAUGACAGGUGGAAGUACAAAGGUCCGAACACUUUGACCAGAAUUAAGGAUAUUGCCAAAUCCGCAUGUGGGUUUGGAAUUUUCAACAAGACUUCUGAUGAAUUGGUGGGGUGGUAUGUCAUGCAUUCACACGGCAGCCAAGGGAUCCUCCACGUGACGGAGCCCCACCGGGGACGGGGGCUGGCCUCGCUGCUCGUCCGCUGGGUCUCCCGCCGCGUGGCGGCAGCGUGGGGUCUGCUUCCCUAUGCGAUCAUCGACGAGAACAAUCCGGCUUCGUUCACGCUUUUCGCGAAGAUUGGCUUUCGCCGGCUUGGGUCUUGCCAGUGGAUCGUCUGCACGCCUGCGGCCGAGUCCGCGUCAUGA